AUGCCUACGAUUCAAAUUGACGACCAAGAGCUGUAUUACAGCUGGAAUCCGGCUGGCGAUGGGCCAAUUUUACUUUUCAUUCAUGGGUUGGGGUCGAGCAAUUCAUUCUAUGCACCAAUUAUUCCGGGAUUAGUGCAGAAGGGCUUUCCAUGUUUGGCAUUUGAUACACCAGGCAGUGCCUUGUCAACAUACAGAGGCAGAGACAGCGAUGGCGAAGCACUAUGCGGUGCUGCUGUAGCUCUCAUCGCAGCCCUUGAGCUCGAUGCCAAACGAAUAAUUGUCAUCGGGCACUCAAUGGGGGCCAUAGUAGCCAGCGAGAUUGCUCUUCAUCUAGGUCUCUUGGGAGUUGUUCUCAUUGGGCCUGUGUAUCCGUCGCCCGCGCUAGCAGGGGUGUUUGAUGCUCGGAUCAAGCUUGUCGAGAAUGAGGGCAUGGAGGGCGUGGCCAAGGUCGUUCCAUUUGCAGCCACAGGUCCCAAGGCAACGACUACGCAGCAGGCUUUUAUUCGAGCCCUCCUGUUAGCUCAAACAGCUGAAGGAUACAAGUCGCUGUGUCGAACGAUCUCCAACGCCAAACGACCGCGGUAUGAAGAUAUCAAGUGUCCUCUGCUUAUUAUUGCCGGUUCGCAUGAUAAAACGGCGCCGCUUACGGGGUCGCAAGAGAUUUUGAACAGCUGGGGAGUAGAGGCUGGUUUCAAGAGAAUUGAGAUACUGGCGGAAGUCGGGCAUUGGCAUUGUAUUGAAGCAGCUGAGGAUGUGGAAUCCUUGGUGAGCGCAUUCGUUGAUGGGAUCCGCGUCACUAUGAGCGGAGCAUAA